AUGGCAACGACAACAACAAUAAACAAUCAAACUUCAUUAUCAACAACAAUCUUAGUCAGUAGUAUUAGUAUAGGAAGUCAAAGUGGACCACCUUGUUCAUCGUAUACAACAAUUAAUGAUCCAUCGCGAAAUGUCGCUCAAACUUCUUUAUAUAGUUUUUGUGAUAAUGGAGUCCCGUUCAAUACGAGUAAUGGUGGUUCUUGGAUACGAUUUAUUGGUACUGGUGGUACUACAAUUCCAUUAACAUCACCCGGUUUGAACAAUUGUGGUGCUUAUAUAGGAGGCUGGUUCAAUGGAACAUUACCAACAACAGUGGGUAUUGUAGUUAAUGGAACUGGUGAUAUUUCUAUUGAUGAUAUUGACCGUUUAGCUGUAUCAUGUAAAGAACCAAAUAAUUGUGAUUUUGAAGGUGAUACUUUUUGUGGAUGGGAAAAUGUUAAACAUACUGAUCGAUUUGAUUGGGAAAUAACAAAUGGUCCAUCAUCACAAACAACGCUUAGUGGUCCAGGAUUUGAUCAUACACUUGGAACAGUCAAUGGUUUAUAUGGAUAUAUUGAUACAAAUAAACCGCGAAAAAUUAAUGAUACCGCUGUACUUAUUUCACAUUCAAUGACAGAUACUGGUUCAAAUGGAAUGUGUUUUGAAUUUUUCUAUCAUAUCAUUGAAUUUUAUAUUUCAAUAGAAGGACAAACUUUAUUUAAAAUUUAUCUUUUUAGGUACGGCGUUGGUAUUGGUACAUUAACAGUUUAUUUACAAAAAGAAGGUUUUCAACCAAUAGCAAUGUGGACAUUAUCUGGUCACCAAGACGAUUUUUGGUUUCAAGGAAAAGUUGGUUUUAUCGUGAAUUCUGAUCAUUCAAUAUUAAUCGAAGGCAAAAUAACUGACAAUGAUGUGGGUGAUAUCGCUAUUGAUGAUUUAUCGAUAAUCAAUGGAUAUUGUCCAAUAUUUCCAGCAUCUGCUAUAUCAGCUGAUAGUUUAACAACAGCAGAACCAGUCGUAACAACAGGAAUAACAACUCCACCACGUCCAAUAUCGGCUUAUGAUUGUGAUUUUGAAAGUGAUACAUGUUCAUCAUGGAAUAUAAUAUCUGAACCUGAACUUAGUUGGACACGAAUUCAAGGUCCGACAGCAUCACAACAAGAUGCACAUAAUCCAAUAUUUGAUCAUACAAAAUAUCAAUCAAACGGACAUUAUCUUUUACUUCAAUCCAAUGAAUCAAUACCAUUUCCUGACAUGAAUAUAUCAAGUCAAUUUCUAAGUACAACAAUGAAUAAUAAUCGUCAAUGUUUAGAAUUUUGGUAUUUUAUCUAUGGUCCAAAGGUUGGUACGCUAAGUGUUGAAAAAAUUUUUGGUUCUUUUUCUCAGUUACGAUGGAUAACAAAAAGUGGCAAAGGUUAUGAAUGGUAUCAUGCACAAGUUAAUCUUCAAUCAUCGUCAAGUAAUCCAGCACAAUUUAAUAUUGUUAUUGAAGGAACAUGGUCAGCAAUUAAUCGUGGUGCAAUUGCUAUUGAUGAUAUAACACUUCGUAAUGAUACAUGUCAAACAUCGCCUAAUCAAUGUGAUUUUGAUUUAGAUGAUACAAUUUGUGAAUUUCAAUAUGGUUCAACAGGAGAAUUUAAUUGGAUACGUGGUUUAGCAUCUGAUGUUCAACAAGGUGUUAAUCCUAAUGUUGAUCAUACAACACAAACUGAUACAGGUUAUUAUAUGUUAGCUGAAGGAAAAAAUCGUAAUGCUAGUGAUCGUGCAUUACUUUUAACACCAGUUCAAGUUCGUACAGCUGGUGCAUGUUUACAUUUUUGGUAUUUUCUAUAUUCAUCAGCGAAAAAAAUGCAAUUAAAGGUUUAUUUAUCUCCUUCAAGUCUAUAUAAUUGGAUCUUUGGUGGUAGUUUUGAUAAUCGUUGGUUAUAUACACAAAUCAAUAUUCAGAAUCCUAGUCAAUCCUGGCAAGCAGUAUUUGAAGCUCAAGUUUUAACACAAAAUCCAAAUGCAAGUAUUGCUAUUGAUGAUGUCUUGAUUACGGGAGGUUUAUGUCCAAAACCAGGAGAUUGUACAUUUGAAGAUGAUUUAUGUGGUUGGACAACUAAUGAUAUAGAUAAUGAUAUGGAUUGGCUUAUUGGACAAGGUAUACGUCCACUUGGAACUGGACCACAAUCUGAUCAUACAACAAAUACAGGACAAGGAAAAUAUUUAAUGAUUGAAACAUCAUGGCCAACAAAGCCAGGUGAUCGUGCACGUUUACAUAGUGUUGUUUUUGAGGGAACAAAUGGAGAUGCUAAAUGUUUUCGAUUUUGGUAUCACAUGUAUGGUGAUUCAAUUGGAACAUUAAAUAUUUAUCUUUUCGAUGGUUCAUAUACACGUAUAUGGUCAUUAUCAGGUAGUCAUGGUAAUCAAUGGUACGAAGGACAAGUAUCAUAUGUUUCAUUGGUUCCACAUGAAAUUGUUGUUGAAGGUAUUGCUGGAAACGAUUAUUUGGGAGGUAUCUCCGUUGAUGAUUUUACAUUUACAAUAAGUAAUUGUUCAAUUCGACCAAUGAAUAAUACAGUACCAACAAUUGGAACAACACUUCUAUCAACACAAUUAACAAUCACUACACCAUAUACAAGUUCACCUACCACAUCAUAUACAGAUCCACUAACAACAACCACUAGACUGACUACAACUGCAUCCAUAGGAAUACUAACGACAACAACUGAUAUCACUCAAAUAAAUCCAACUACUUCUGCUGAAUGUGCUCAAUAUGUUUGCUAUAAUGAUGGUAUUUGUAAACCAUCAUCAACACAACUUGGCCAAACUAUGUGCGAAUGUAAACCUGGUUUUAAUGGUCCAAAAUGUGAAAAUAAGGAAUCCUCAUCAACAAAGAAUAAUUUGGGUGCUAUCUUGGGUGGAGUUUUUGGUGGAGUUGCUGCUAUUGCUUUAAGUGUCGUUGGAUAUAUGUAUUUUUCAUCGAAAAAGCGUAUAGCUAGAGUUGCAAAUACAAGUUCACAACUAACAGACCCAUUACAAAAUGAUUCAAAUAAAAAUCCUACUUAUAAUGAAACUGCAGUAGUUGAUGCAUAA